GUUUAUUGUGUGAAUUGGUUGAAAGCUAAAGCACGGUAUGACUGUUGGUCAGAAGAACUGAAAUUGGUACAACAUGAAAUGUUUUGGACCAUAUCCUGGUUUCGGACACAGGAGGAGAGGUGGAGAGUUCGGGCAGAUGAAAGCAUCAAGAAUGGGAAUAGGGCAUAUGCUGAGAGGCAGGCAUCUAUGUGGGCAGAAUUUUCGGCUCAGGGCCUCAAGAAUUUUGAAGGAAAAUUACUUAUAACAAGUUGA